UUGGAGGCUACGUAGGCUGUGUCCACCACCGCUGUUCCCCGUUUUCCAAUGUGGAUUUACAUAGCCAGAUUUCCGUGGAAGUGAGGAGGGUGGCGACUGCCGAGCCUUUCAGGAACCGAGACGACACACAGCAAACAACUUCACUCCCCGCUUUGGAAACUUGUGUCGCCGUACUUAGUUUGGGCCGACAUCUUCGACACUUUCCUCGGUCCUCAACUCUACUCCCCCUCCCCGUGACCGGAGGCAGGCUGGGAGGUUUUCGUGCAAGUUGGGAAGCAGUUGACGCCGGUUAGAGGGGCUUUGGCCAUGGCCGGAGGUGGUGGAGGCGGUGGCUGCAGCGGGCUUUCUCCUCUCGGGCCCGUACCGCCGAUGUGGUAUCACCGGGACCUCAGUCGAGCUGCGGCCGAGGAGCUGCUGGCUCGCGCCGGGAGAGACGGCAGCUUCCUAGUACGGGACAGCGAGAGUGUCAACGGGGCUUAUGCUUUGUGUGUUCUGUUUCAGAAGCAUGUCCACACAUACAGAAUCCUCCCAGAUGAAGAAGGAUUUUUGGCUGUGCAGACGUCACAGGGUGUGCAGCCCAAGAGGUUUAAAACAUUACCAGAGCUUGUGUCGCUGUACCUGCAGCCCAGUCAGGGUCUGGUGACCACUCUGCUUUACGCUGUUGACCAAGAGGAAACCGCCAUCCCCGAUGACCGUGACUAUUCAGAUGGCGAGGAUGAGAAGCCACCCCUCCCCCCUCGCUCAGCCUCCACAUCUACUCCUCCAAGUUCAGACACGCCCACCGACAGUGCCCCAACAGCGAAUGGCCUGACCACCAUCUCCCAUGAGUAUCUGAAGGGCAGCUACGCUUUAGACCUUGAGGCUGUCAAACAGGGAGCCUGCUCACUGCCUCAUCUCAACAAAACACUUGUGGCCUCUUGCAAGCGUCUCAAUGGGGAAGUGGAUAAGGUCCUGUCUGGUCUCGAGAUCCUGUCAAAAGUCUUCGAUCAGCAGAGUGCCUUCAUGGUCUCCAAGAUGAUUCAACAAUCGGUCAAUCAGGGUGGAGACCAGGAGUUGGAGAACCUUGUGACCAAGUUGGCAAUUCUCAAAGACCUCCUGUCAUCCAUAGAGAAGAAGGCUCUGAAAGCUCUUCAGGACAUGAGUUUGUCCACCUUGUGCUCCCCUCCUCCUCUCUCCAUGCGUCACAGCAAAGCCAUCCCAGUGCAACUAUUCGAGGUCAAACUGGAUGUCUACCUGGCAGAGCUGACCAAGAUAGGGAAGAGUCAGAAGUACACUCUGUCUGUAGACGUGGAAGGAGGGAGACUGGUUGUGAUGAAGAAGGUGAAGGACAGCCAGGAAGACUGGACUACAUUCACGCAUGACAAAAUCCGUCAGCUGAUCAAGUCUCAGCGGGUGCAGAAUAAGCUGGGCAUUGUUUUUGAGAAGGAAAAGGACAAGAGCCAGAGGAAAGACUUCAUAUUUGCGAGUGCCAAGAAGCGGGAGGCCUUUUGCCAGCUGCUACAGCUGAUGAAAAACAAACAUUCCAACCAGGAUGAGCCUGACAUGAUAUCUGUCUUCAUCGGCACCUGGAACAUGGGCUCGGUUCCUGCUCCCAAAUCAGUCGCCUCCUGGGUGUUGUGCCGAGGACUCGGAAAGACUCUAGACGAGAUGACUGUCACUAUUCCACAUGACCUGUAUGCAUUUGGCACGCAAGAAAACUCUGUGUGCGAUCGGGAGUGGGUGGAGUCGUUACGGGCCAUGUUGAAAGAACAAACAGAACUGGAUUAUAAACCGAUAGCGGUACAGACACUGUGGAACAUCAAGCUUGCUGUGCUGGUGAAGCCAGAACAUGAGAACCGCAUCAGCCAUGUUGGAAUGUCCAGUGUCAAGACUGGCAUCGCCAAUACACUCGGUAACAAAGGCGCUGUGGGUGUUUCUUUCAUGUUCAACGGAACAUCUUUUGGUUUUGUGAACUGUCACUUGACUUCAGGGAACGAGAAGAUUGCAAGGAGGAACCAAAACUAUCUGGACAUUUUGCGCCUGCUUUCACUUGGAGACAAACAGCUGAGUUCCUUUGACAUUUCACUGCGCUUCACGCAUCUCUUCUGGCUUGGAGAUCUCAACUAUAGGCUGGACAUGGACAUACAGGAGAUUCUUAACUACAUUAACAGGAAGGAAUUUGAUCCACUGCUUAAGGUGGACCAGCUAAACUUGGAACGAGAGAAAAACAAAGUGUUUUUACGCUUUGCAGAAGAAGAGAUCUCAUUCCCGCCUACCUACCGAUACGAGCGUGGCUCCAGGGACACGUAUGUUUGGCAGAAACAGAAAGCCACUGGGAUGAGGACGAAUGUUCCAUCGUGGUGUGACAGGAUCUUGUGGAAGUCUUACCCAGAAACACACAUUGUUUGCAAUUCCUACGGGUGCACCGAUGAUAUUGUGACCAGUGACCACUCCCCAGUGUUUGGUACAUUUGAGGUGGGGGUGACCUCGCAGUUUGUCUCCAAGAAAGGGCUGCCUAAAUCUUCCGAACAGGCUUACAUUGAAUUUGAGAGCAUCGAGGCCAUUGUGAAGACUGCUAGCAGAACCAAGUUCUUCAUCGAAUUCUACUCCACGUGUUUGGAAGAAUUCAAGAAGAGUUACGAGAACGACAGUCAGAGUAGCGAUAACAUUAACUUCCUCCGCGUGGGCUGGUCCAACAAGCAGUUGACGACGCUCAAACCUCUUCUGUCGGAGAUCGAAUACCUUCAGGACCAACACCUGCUGCUCACUGUGAAAUCCCUGGAUGGAUAUGAAUCUUAUGGAGAGUGCGUGUUAGCGUUAAAGUCAAUGAUUGGCAGCACACCACAGCAGUUCCACACCUACCUGUCUCAUCGCGGCGAGGAAACAGGAAACAUCAGGGGCUCGAUGAGGGUCAGAGUCCCUUCCGAAAGAAUGGGAACCAGGGAGAGGCUUUAUGAAUGGAUCAGUGUGGACAAAGAUGAAACGGGGGUACCCAAAGGGAAAUCUACCAUGUCGUCGAGAGUGGGGCACGAAUAUGUCAAGCCACCUAUUGUUCGUAAACAACUUGGAGAGCUGGGCAAGGUCAACGAAGAGGGCGAGAAGAGCAGCAGGGAGGAAACUGCUGCGAGGCCUAAGCAAGAUUCGUCUGAUGGUGAUCAGUCUGUCGGCAAGAACAGCUACAACAACCCUGCCUACUAUAUUUUGGAAGGGGUCCCCAAUCAAUCGGCCGCUGCUAUGUCACCUGAGCUUCUCCCAUCGCCCACCGCUCCUCAAGCGAUGAAAGGUCCCCCUCCCAUCGCUAUAGCUCGGACCAAACCCCCUUGUGCUCCCACGGGCCCGUCACACCCACGCAGGCCCAUGACGGGUCACACGGUGCGUGCUAUCAAUGAGGAGGGGUCCUCAGAGGACGAUGGAGGCGUUUGUGUCGGAGGGGCACAAGGGGGAGCUCCCACCAUAGGGAGCACACUUAAUCGCCCACCUCCGGAUUUCCCUCCCCCUCCCCUUCCGAAGGGAGCCAUGGAGAUGGCCGUGGAAGCAUCUUUCCUGAAGCCCCGCUCACUUCACCCGGAUCUCGCUGAAGUCAAGAUCCCGGCGGUUGGUCCUGGUGCUCCGCUGGCCCUUGAGGAAAACUUCAGGCGAGGAGGUGCCGCUGUUAGCGGCGGGGCCAUCGGCGGCGGGGCGUUGGACGACCAGUCUUGUUCUGUGCUGCAGAUGGCAAAGACACUGAGUGAAACUGAGUUUCCAGGGCAGCCUCCGCGCGCUCCCUCGGCACCGCCUCCCCUUCGGGGGCAGGCCAUGGGUUUAGGUCUGGACCCCUGCCGCACCUUCCCACCCAGAAAUGCAAUCACAGAAAGUAUUGCUGAGGAUCUUCCCGAAGAGGCACUUUGGGGUAGCAGCAGCUCUUCUUUGUCUGUGGGGGACUCUUCAGUAGGGGAGUGGCUGCAAAGACUGGGACUUGAGAGAUACGAGCAGGGCCUCCUGCACAACGGCUGGGAUGACCUGGAGUUUCUCAGUGACAUCACAGAGGAGGACCUGGAGGAGGCAGGUGUACUUGACCCCGCCCACAAGUGCAUCCUGCUGGAGAGCCUCAGGCAGCAACAGAAACUGUAGCUAAGGAUUCGGAGGACUUUCUAAAGCAAUCAAAACGUACACUGCCUUCCCACAAGGCCAAACGUCGGCAGAACUGAAUGCAAAUGUGCCAUUUGACGUCCAGUGUGCCUUCUGAGAGUGCGUACACUUCCGUCUUAGCUCUUGACUUGCUGACAACAUCCUCUUUCAAACACCCUUGAACUGGUUGUUCCGGACGCGGCCUUAUUUAAAGGUCAUCGGAUGCCACGGUAAUACAGAAGGAAAGCAUACUGUCAUGAGAAACAAAUCACACGAUACUGGAGAGGAAUCUUUUUUUCUAACUUGUGACACGAGUCACCUCAGCAGGAGGAAAAUGGAGGCCUUUUUGCACCGGCUUCGCAUUUCAAGCCUUGUAUGCGCUCCACCACUUUUGAUGACAAAGUGGGCCAAGUCUCAGGUAUUUCCUCGUGAAUGGUCGCAACCUAGCAGACAUGUGGGAGGAAGCCAGCCCUCUUAGGGCAAAUGUCAAGCCACAAAAAGUCAAAGUGAAAGUGGUAGCUGCAUUAGCAUGAUGCAGAAAGGUUCUCAAUCACGUGGACUGAACUCGCUCUUUUGCAGUGGUCGGGAUUUCCAUUUCAGUUUCUCGUCAUAUUUAUAAUAUUGUUUGUUUGUGUGAGGGUAAAGGGAAUAUGGUGCAAAUCAUAAAUGAAUGAGCUCAAAGUGCGGAGAACUUGGUUGAUGUUUCCAUUUCUCAUGUCCGCACUCAAUUUACUCUACCAGUGCAACUCAAGGUUCAUGGACUUGAUGAUGUCACAAUUUAAUGUGAAAUGGAGAUAAUUUGUUCUCAAAUUUGUUAAGAAAGCCAAGUUCACUAACCUGUUGAAAAAAAUAAUUGACUGCAGUGUUAGAAACAACUAUUCACCUAAGAAUGCUUUUCAAACGAGGUAUUUUAUAGUAGAUAAGGAGUCAAUUUGCACAUUAGAAGAGGUCACUGAUAAAAGAAAGGAUUUUUUUUCUCAUUACGUGGUAUUCGUCAUGACCGCUAGAUGGUGCUGCUGCUACAUCAUCAGCUCGGAAUACUGCCACCAUCCAUUUUGAACACUUCGCACUAUUCGUUCAAAAAAAUACAACCAAUGCGAGUUAUGUUACCUGACCAAGUUCAUUUUAUUAUUUCUUAAACGAGUUCCUGUUUUAAAAGCCAUUAUAGUGUUUAAUUUUGGCGUUAACUUGUGGCCUGUAAGAAUACUUCAAAUGUCACGUUACGUUGAGUUUCAUAUACUGAAUUGUAUGUCUAUAUCGGGAAUAAGACACAUCUUUGUUUAAAAAAAAAUCAACAUCUGUCCCAUUUCACCUUACCCUGUGUGUGUGCGCGCGUGCGUGUCAUGUCUUGUUCUUUGCUUAGUUCUUAGCUGUUGACUGUUUUAAUUUAAUGAAAAUUGGAUAGCUGCAUAAUAUUCUUUUUCCAAUUAAAACAUAACAUGUUUCCUUA